GUCCGUGAACGCAACGAGUACCGUCCAACAUGGCGGCCCAGCGUAGGAAUUUGAUGCAGAGCAGAGAACAGCAUCAGAGCUGGACAGACGACCUGCCGCUGUGUCAGAUGUGCGGGGUCGGCACUGCACCCAACUGUGUCUACGGCCCCGAUGGUAAAGGAACUCAGAGCCACACCAACGAGGACGGACACCUCGGGUUCAGAGGCGAGGAUGGCUGUUUCCUGUACGGGGUUUUUAACGGCUAUGACGGCAGCAGAGUGGCCAGUUUUGCCUCCCAGUGUCUGACAGCUGAGCUACUGCUGGGACAGCUCAACUCCAGUCACACAGACAACGACGUCCGCAGGAUUCUCACGCAGGCCUUCGAUGUGGUGGAGAAGAGCUACUUUGAGACGAUAGAUGAUGCUCUGGCUGAGAAAGCCAACCUGUCCAACUACCUCCCACCACACAAUGAGAAUGUGUCAUUCCACCAUUCCUCUCAGAGUCAGAAGGUGCAGGACCGUCUGAAAGAGCUGGAGCAGGAGGUGUCAGGAGGAGCUACGGCCGUGGUGGCGCUGAUCCUCAACAACAAGCUCUACAUCGCCAACGUUGGUACCAACCGAGCACUGCUGUGCAAGUCCAGCAGCGAUGGCCAGAACCAGGUUCUCCAGAUUGGCCGACCACACAGCACUGACAAUGAAGACGAGCUGCAGAGACUGGCUGCUCUGGGUGUGGAUUCAGCUCGUGUAAGGCAGGCGGGGCAGAUUGCUGGUCAGAGCAGCACCAGGAGGCUCGGAGACUACCCAGUGAAGUUCAACUACAAUGAAAUUGACUUGCUCAGUGCGGCCAAGACAAGGCCAGUCAUUGCGGAGCCAGAGAUUCACGGCAGCCAGUCUUUAGACAGCGUGACAGGCUUUUUAUUGCUGAUGUCAGAGGGUCUCAUCAAUGCCCUUGAGUCCGCCCACGGCCCCGAACAGGCCAAUCAGGAAAUUGUUGCCAUGGUAGCAGCAGAGCUGGCCCAGCAGAGCAGUCUGGAGGCAACAGCUCAGUCGGUGGUGGACCGCAUUAAACGGCUGCACCACGACGUCUACGUUUCCGGCCGUCAGAGGGCAGCCUACUGUUCUCGGCACGAGGACAUGACCCUGCUCAUCCGCACGCUCAACUACACGCUGGCUGACGGAGCGCACACGCCCACACAGGGUGGCCGUAUCUACCCAGUGUCAGUGCCCUAUUCCAACAGCCAGAGCACCAGUAAAACCAGUGUCACCCUCUCGCUGGUCAUGCCCUCCCAAGGUACCCUCACCAAUGGAACCAACACUGCCUCCACCCUGGAGGAAGGCACACCAACGCCAGGCAGUCAGAGCCCCACGGCCACCCUCCAGUCCACCAACACCCAGACGCAGAGCUCCAGCUCCAGCUCGGGAGAUGGAAGCCUGUUCCGCCAGAGGGGCAGCCAGGCAGCUCAGCCCGAUGAGACGGGCAGGGUCCCGCCUUAUGUGGACUUCAGUCAGUUUUACCGCCUGUGGGGAAGUGACCACAGCGACGGCCAGAGCACCCAGGGAGGACUGGGACCCCAGUAAGAAGGCCAAGGACGGGUACUGGGUGCUAGUUUGAAAGAGAUGGACUGGGUUUUCUAGCAGCGAGGAAGCACAUGGAUUCAGAGGAACAAAGAUUUUAAGAGGUGGUUGGGAUGACCGAUAAAAUACUAUUAUUGUAUCAUAACUAAAAAUAAGUGACCUAAAGGUGCAUGGAGACGCAUGGAGGAAGGACUGGGGAUCUCAAGGUGUUGCUGUUAAACAGUGGGCGAAGCCAGUGUGCAGGCAAUAACCCUGAAACAGAGAAAAUGGUGUUGUGUGUGAAGUGAUGUUUGCUCCUCUGUAAUAGAUGCUGGUCAUGAGUGAUUGUAAAUAUAUGUAAUCCAGAUUGUAGCCAUUAUUGUCGGAUGUAAAAAUGUGUAUCUGCAAACAGGAAUCUCAUUUGAGGGUUUGUGGAGUUGAGAAUGAUUACAUACUGUAAGGCCUUAAAAUGAAA